GUCUUUGCGCUCAGGCAAUCUGCAUAUUGGCGACAACAUUGCUGAAGGGAUAACCGAUAACGUGCACGUUCCCUUAUUUGGACUAUCUUUUAUCGGCUGAAGGACGUGAUUAUACUGUGGUUAUUUUCUAAAAGGUAGAUUUGUAUGUUAUGAUUAUUCGCUUGAAGGACGGUGAUUUGCAGUGGAUAGCAAACUCUCAUACAAUGGUACAUGUAUAAGCGAUACUGCAGUUAAUGAAAAAGAAUUUAUCAAUAUAAUUGUAUCUCUAUUAAUUUUACCUGUGAAUAAUGUUGGAUUUAACACGUCACUAAAAUACAAUCUCAGAAUACUAAUACAUCGAUUAGCACUCCAAUAUUUAUAUUACUAGUUGGAGAAUUUAGUCCGGUCACUUUCUGCAAGGUUCGAAAUCUAAACGUAUUGUGACGUCAAUUAGUAAGGAAAGAUGGCCCUAGUAAUGGAGGACAAAGAAUCUCUAGAAAAACUUUCCCUGGCUGCUGAGCAUGGAAGUACUGAACCGGAAAUAAAAAGUUCUCGCGAGAGGUUGUCAGAAAUGAUGAAGAGUAACCUUAUUCAAUAUGGUAUAAUAUCAUUGGUGGUUCUCGACAGUGUCAUCGUCAUCCUCGAGUUCCUCAUCGACCUUGAAAUGAUACAUAUUCCCGAGAACGAUGUCAGUAGCUCGCACACUUCCAUGCUAAACAGCAGUCUGAAUCACACCGUGGGACAGUAUACAGAACUGAUGACCACGUCUCACCCUAUAGGAGCGGACCACUCUGUUACUCAUCUGGAAUCAGACCAUAGGUCUCACGGAGCGGUAGUUAGUCAGGACAACCAUGUAGAAACAGAACAUAAUGUGACGUAUAUCAGUCAUAAUCAUACGUCAUCAGCGCACGCUCAUCACCAUACCAACAAGGAACUUGCUGAACACAUCCUUCAUUAUGCUAGUCUUACGAUACUCUCAAUAUUUGUCGUCGAGGUGGUAGCCAAAAUAUAUGCUGAGGGAACACAUCUACUAAAGCAUAAGGCAGAGGUGUUUGACGCCAUAGUUGUUUUGGUUUCCUUCACUUUGGAUAUUAUAUUCAUAUUUGUAAACGUUACUGAUGCAGCAAAGGAUGCUGCUGGCCUCAUGGUAAUACUGCGGCUGUGGAGAAUCACCAGGAUCAUCAAUGGAGUAAUAAUUUCGGUCAAAAUGGACGCAGAUAAGAAAAUUGAAGAACAGAAAGUAGCACGUAGCAGAGCAGAAGAGGAAGUAGAAAAACUCAAAAACCAAGUUUCUUCCUUAGAGGCAGAACUUGAAAGGCUACAAGAACACCUGAGACUGAUAGAAGAAGGUAAAGCUUGUCCGGAUUUAGAUGAAAGUGUAAAGGAGUAGCAGACAUUUAUCAAAUAGAUAAAUCAGCUUGUAUUGCAAUGUAUUGAGGAAUAGCAUAUCAAGUUCCAGUGAGGAUUCGAAAUUCGCGUGUUUUUAUGGAGAUUAUAUUUUGACGUACGUACAUAUGUACUAAGAACAUAGAAUUUCAG